AGUACCUGUGAUAUAUUAACGUCCGAAUCGAUCUUCAUGUUCUUGACUGAUUUAUUAAGUCUCUCAAUUAGACUGAUGUAAUCAUUAUAAGCAUCUGACUGUAAAAACUCUUCCAAGUCGUCCUUAGUUAUGAUACGUUUAACUGGCACUUGGUAAGUCAUGGUCUUCUAUGGGUUAAGAUUAAUUGAAUCCUUUGAACACAAAGUGGCCGAAAGUUUUACCAAGUUCGAUCUGCUUGCAAUCGAUCGACACUCUUAUGGCUGAUUUAACCUCUGAGAGAAUAGCAAAGGAUCUGAAGGGCGGUGGCUAUAGCUCCCAGGAUAAAAUAAAGACAGCUUGCAAAGCUUGGACGGACAAUUCCAUAUUCUUCCCUAACAAGGAUGAUUUUCUCUUUGAAUGGAUCUGUUCAGCUUUCGCUAAACCUAAUUUAAACAACCCCAAAGACAGUUGCUUUCAGCUGGAUUAUUGGCAGCUGUUCUCUGAUUUAUUGGAGCACUACGAUUCAAAGUUGAAAUCCAACGAAAAAAAAGCAGCACCAGUAAUCCAUUCCAAUUUAAUGAAAUGUAUUUCAACUCUUUUGGAAUACUUAUAUUCGAAGAACGCAGGAAAUAUAGAGGACAAAGUCAGCUUCUUAGCAGCCAUCAACAGGUUUACAGCUCUUUUGUUCUCAGAAGCCUUCAAAACUUCAUAUAGACCAUCUUUUGAACAAGUGUCCAGUACUGUUGACAGAUUGUUGACUUGUUUUCAACUACAAAUCGAUACUUGUUUGGAGGAUGAAAGCAACAUGGUCGAAAAAGAAGCUCUAAGCAACCUUUGCUUAAUAGCCAUAACCCUUUUGAGAAAGUAUGAUGCGCAGAUAAUUAUGGCCGCAAAUCAAAGAAAGAUUUUCUUAUCAAUAGUAGAGAAGUCACUGGUUCUUUUUCUAAGUGUUCGACGUAGAAUCAAAUUCUUCAGUCAAGCUAAAUAUACAGCAGAAAUAUCCACUCUUAUCACAAACAUCAUAUGCCAUAUACUUUUCCAUGUCGAUACUGUGUUAGAAUUUACGUCCAUUUUGAAGGAAGCAUCACUUACAGAUUCAAGCACUACACAGAGUAACUAUGUGGCGAAACUUUUUGAAACACUACAAACUAUGGCCGAUAACAAGGCUGAUACAGAGAUGAUAUUGGAUGUUAUCUAGCCGUUGAUAUAUUACCUACUCUACUGUCAUAUUUUCUGAAAUCCUUCAGAUAUAAACGAAACGCAGCAACCAGUGCAAUGCAGGAUGUUAGUAGAAUGGCUGAAUUCGGUUUCUUCAUCAAUAUGUUCAGGAUUGCGUCAACGAUUAAAAAUCACUUACAGUCGAAAUACUUGGAAAUAUUAUCACAAUUGCUUCAAGUAUUACUUAACGAAAACGUUUUUACCGCUCGAAAUGACGAUAUUGCAUUAUCGCAAAAAGAGUUAUUGAUGGGAAUUGCGAACAAUGCUGUCUUGUAUA